CUUCACGGAAAAGUUCGCCUCCGCCAAAGCACAGCGAUACGAACUCGGACCGCGGUGGUAAAUGGUGGCGCUGUUUGUUAACACCGAGCCACAGCGUCGAGACGACGGCGAGGGGGUAGGAGCCUGCCCACACACUUUUUGAGUUGAACUCGUGUCGGGUUUUCAGGGCCCGUUCCAUUCCCUCCCCACGCCUGGGGGGCCCCUCCGCAGCCUUCCCCGUGUCACACGAGGCCACAUUUAGCCCCACCACCACCCCACCCUGCCGCGAUGGCAAGCGCCGAGGACAACACCGCGAGGCAGGCGGAUGAGGUGGAAGCCAUGUCGUCUAUCUACGGGGAUGAGUGGUGUACUCUGGACGAGGCGGCGCGCUCGUUCUGCAUCAGCGUCGGGAACGGGCAGGACCCGUCGCGGCGCCUCUCUGUCUCGCUGCAGAUUACGCUUCCUGCAGAUUACCCAGGGCAGGCACCUCCAAGCUACCAGCUCAACGGGCCCUGGCUCACCAGGGAAGAUAAGAGGACCGUCUCUGCCCGCCUGGAGGAAAUAUACAGCCAGAAUCUGGGCGAGAGCGUGCUCUUCCUGUGGGUGGAGUGCAUUCGAGAGUUUGUGGCUGAUGCUUCUGAGCGCUCCCAGCCCGUGUGGAACAGGUAUCGAGCCAAUCAGACGGAAGAAGACUCCGAUUUGGUGGAAGAAAUGCUACCCACAAUUCUGAACGAGGAAAACCUGAGGGCACGUGACCUCGAGGCAUCGGAUGAAUUCACAGGAGACGAAGUGCCGCCCAUUUUCCACGGCGAGACCAUCACCGACCGGCGGAGCACCUUCCAGGCCCACGUGGCUCCAGUCGUCACCACCAAGCAGGUCAAGCUGGUGUUACGGAAGCUGCUUGAGAAUAAGAAGCUUGCCAGCGCUACGCACACCAUCAUGGCAUACAGGAUCGACUGCCCCGUGAAGCACGCAUUCCUGCAGGACUGCGACGACGAUGGCGAAACGGCAGCCGGAGGGCGGUUGCUACACCUGCUGCAGAUUCUGGACGUGCGGGACGCGGUGGUGGUGGUGUCGCGAUGGUAUGGGGGAGUCAUGCUGGGACCCGACCGCUUCAAACACAUCAACAACUGUGCACGUGGUGUGCUGGUGGACAACGGAUUUGUGCAAACAGCGGGCGAUGUUGCCAAGGAUACCGCAAAGCCCAAGAAGCAUAAAGCAAGGAAAAGCAAACAGUAGUUGUAAGGACUCUACAACCUAAAAAUAAUUACAAUAAAAAACAUUCACGUAAAAAAA